UGUAUCUGACUGUUGUUAAAUAUAAUAGUCAUUUUAUCUUGGAAAAGUUUAAAUUUAAAUAGAGGAAAAUUAAAUUGAGCUCUGGAUGCUAAUUGCCGAUGAAUGAUAAAUCUAUGCAAAUAAGAUUCAUAAAUCAAAAUGGAAAAAAGUUUUUAAUGUCUUACGAACAUAACUAAACAAAAACUUGCCUUUAACUUGUGAAUCAAUAAUAACAAUAAUUUUGUAGCGGUUAUUUUAAGCACUCAUCAAAUAUGUCUUGCAACUAUGCUGAAGGUUUAUCACCAUAUGAACAUAAAGGUGUUCUCGGAGUACCUGAGAAAUUUGAAUCUAUUGAUAAAUUAAAUGAAAAAUGUAUAGCUUUAGCUGAACUAAUAAAACAGAGUAAGCACAUAGUUGUACAUACAGGUGCUGGAAUAAGCACUUCAGCUGGUAUCCCAGAUUUUAGAGGUCCGAAUGGAGUCUGGACUUUAGAAAAAGAAGGCAAGAAACCAUCAAUUAAUAUAUCCUUUGCUGAUGCAAAACCAACAAAGACACACAUGAUACUCAAGAAACUUGUGGAAAGUAAUAAAGUACAAUAUAUUAUAAGUCAGAACAUAGAUGGACUGCACUUAAAAUCAGGAUUGCCACGGAAGUAUUUAGCUGAAUUACAUGGAAAUAUGUUUAUUGAUGAAUGCAAUCUGUGUAAAAGACAAUUUGUGCGAAGUAGUCCAGUAGAAACUGUGGGAAAGAAAUGCAGCGGUAUACCAUGUGCAUCAGGACACAAUGGUGGACGACCCUGCAGAGGUCGACUCUAUGAUGGCGUCUUAGACUGGGAGCACAGCCUACCUGAGAAUGAUCUUCUGAUGUCAGAAUGGCAUUCCAGUAUUGCAGAUUUGAGUAUAUGUCUCGGCACAACACUUCAAAUAAUUCCUAGUGGUAAUUUACCUUUAGAAACCUUAAAGUAUGGAGGAAAACUAGUCAUAUGCAAUUUGCAACCAACAAAACAUGACAACAAAGCAGACUUAAUUAUAAAUUAUUAUGUAGACGAUAUUUUAGAUAAAGUCAUGAACAUAUUGGGUAUAGAAACACCAGAUUACAAAGAAACCGAUAACUUAACUAAGUUGGCUGAAUCAGCUAUUGUCGAUUGGACCAUUAACCGAAAAGACAUAAUAUCACUGGAGAAAAUAUUCAAGGCUAAAUGUAAAGGUGUGAAGAAGAAAAGGAUUUUAAAUAAAAAUAAAAGAAACAGCCUAGAUUUGUUGAUUAAUGGAUCAGAUAAAAAUGAUGACAAAUCAAAAGUGAUCAAACUGGAAAUAAAAGAGGAAGACGUAAAAAAUAUUUUUGCAGGCUCAACUGAAAUUCAAUUAAAUGUAUAGUUAAUUCAA